UCCAUAGCCAACUCUUCCUCACUCACUGCUCGGUUGUAUCCUCAUCUUCCUUAGAUUCAACUUCAUUUUGCCUUUGUCUUCUUCUCCACAUAGCCUCAAAACACUAGACAGGAAUCUUUUUGGCCUAUAGACAGCGCAGACAGAUCUCUCAGUGCUGUCCAUUUGACCCUUACGGUACUCCUCUCUUGACUCAUUCACACACUCGAAAGAACUCUAUAAAGAGGUCACCCCAAGAACCCCUAAACAUGCAGCUUUUUCAAUGGCUUUUUAACAAGUCAACAGCUGAGGAAAAGGGAAGAGAGAACAGCUUAGACUCUUCUACUAAUCAGAAGGAAAGAGUUACUGAUCAGAAAGUUAAGUCAAAACAUAGCAUUGUGUUUAAGCAUCAUGAUGGGGUUUUUGGGAGCUUUGAUAAGAACAGCAAGCACAGAAAAGUUGAAGGUAAAAAGUUCUUAAAGCUGUUUUUCCUUUGUAGAAAGGAUAUAUCAACAGCUUGCUUUUACAGCACAAUUAAUUUGAAGAAUCUUAGUAGUGACAUUGAUACAAGACAUCAUUGGGUUAACUCAAUGAAGAUGAAGAAAGAAGAUAUUGCUAGAGGAUUAGGUAUUGUUAGUAAGGUAGAUCAAACUUCUCAUGCAGGGAACAGAGUCUUGCCAAUCAGUGAAACGACAGUAUCAAACUUUACCAACAAGACAAACGACACAAAAAAUGGCUCCACUGAAAAGAAAGACAAAGUCAACAACAAGGGUGACAACAACAAGUCCAAAACCAUCUCUAGAAUGAAGGAGCUACUGAGAUGGGCUUCUACUACCAAAUCAGAUAAAGGAGGCAAAUUUAUUGGCCGUAAGGUUCUGCUAUUUAGAAACAAAGGAGCUCUAAAAGCAGUACCAGAUGAUGAUGAACUGAGUCUGGAGUCGCCUAAGAUAAGCUUCAGAUGGGAUGUAGAGAGCUGUUCCACUACUACUUCUUCUGUUUAUUCAACCAUUUCAGUGGCUACUUCCUUGAAGAACGAUCCAACUCUUAACAUGAUGCAGAUCUCAUUAACUUCAACUAGUAAUGAUAUUCAAGAUUCAGACCAUCAUAGUAUCCCCAAGAAAGGAAAUUGGAUCACAACAGACUCUGAAUUUGUGGUGCUAGAGUUGUGAAGAGAUGGUUUUACAUCAACUUCUGAGAAAUUGUAAUAUAACUCUUGAGAUUUUUGUUAUUAGUUUUGUCUUUUUUUGGUUAACUCUUUUUUUGAGAGGCAAGAGGAUUUGAAUGUAACUUUAAUGUAAGGAUCUGAUAUGUACCUCUUUAAUGAAAAUUGGCCUACAUAGUUAAUUAACUUCAA